CGUUCGCUUAGACAAAUAAACGUGGCGAGUUUUGUUUUUCUCGCUUUCUCAGUGGGUGGGAAAGAGUUCGUAACGGAAAAUAAAACUGAAAAGGAAAAAGGGAAAAAAAUGAAGCCACGCCAGGCUCUUCAGAUGUUUCAUGAUCCUGUCCCCUUCUCAGGGAAAGCUGGGGCAGCCAGCGACGGGAUCGCGGGAGGCCUCAGAAUACGGAGAUGACCGAAUUUUACCCACAAAGCACUGGAAGUUCCGUCUUCCUAUUGAGUUUCGGCACGUGAUUUCAGAGUGCUUGGCAACUGUGGACUAUGGCUCCCAUAAGGCAGCACGCAGGGCGCAAGCGCAGAGGCGGCGCGUGGCGUUCGGCGAGAGUUCCCAGUGCACCUCCACAGCAGCGCACGCGCAUAGGCUCGCAGAAGUGAUGCCGGACGGCGCAGCCCCCGCGGUCCCGGGCCUCAUCCGGAUCCAGCCGAGCUCCGUGAGCACCGCAGCGCCGACGCCGCUACACCUGUUGCCGUGCGAGAUCCAGCAUAACGGGCCCGCCGCCGUCAGUCGCUUCUUCAGCCCGGCCAUUCGACCAGGCCCCUCAGGGCCAGUGGUGUCCUUCAGGGGCCGCAGCCUACAUGGAAAAGAGGUGACACUACCCUCAGGCUACGUGGGCCUGGUGCUUCGGGAGGAAGACAAGUCAGAGGGGCCAGAGGCAAGUGUGCAGGAGGAUCGGAGUGUCCAGGCCAUUGGCACCUUCAGCUACUUUACCUUUUGGGGCCUGGAGACUCCCCCAGAGCCAGAUGCCAGGAUGCAUGGGGCCCUGAACUGGCCUCGCCUGGCCACUGCUAUCCAUGCACCUGUGACCGAGGAUGACGACUGAAGGAACAGCUCUGAAGCCCAGACUCGAGUCCCCUCCUCAUCCCCCCUCAAUAAAACAGUCUGGAAAUUGUG